AGCACUGCGCCUGCGCGGAGGGACCGGCGAGCGGAUCCGGAGCCAGUGGCCUGGACAGCCGGAGCCCGUAACAGCAACUGUGCCCCCAGCAACCAAGGCCAGCCCGGCAUGGAGGGCGAGUGCCGGGUGCUCUCUAUUCAGAGCCAUGUAGUCCGUGGCUACGUGGGCAACCGGGUGGCCAUGUUCCCUCUGCAGGUUUUGGGAUUUGAGGUUGAUGCCGUGAACUCUGUGCAGUUUUCAAACCAUGCAGGCUAUGCCCAUUGGAAGGGCCAGGUCCUGACAUCCCAGGAACUGCAUGAGCUGUAUGAGGGUCUCAAGGCAAACAGUGUCAAUAAGUAUGACUACGUUCUCACUGGUUACACGAGAGACAAGUCCUUCCUGACCACGGUGGUGGACAUCGUGCAGGAGCUGAAGCAACAGAACUCCAAGCUCAUGUACGUGUGUGACCCUGUGAUGGGCGACAAGUGGAACGGGGAAGGCUCCAUGUACGUUCCCCAGGACCUCCUUCCGGUGUACAGGGACAAAGUGGUCCCCGUGGCUGACAUCAUCACUCCCAACCAGUUUGAGGCUGAGUAAGUAACCACAUGGCCAGAAGGCCCAGAUGCCCCAGGAGCCCUGCAGAGCCCCAGGCCUGUCUCACAUGAGU